ACUUCUGGCAAGCACAUGAACGCGUUUAAUGGGUGCCUAGAGCCAGGGGAUGCGACUGAUAUAUGAGUAAGCCCUCAGGCACGCACGUCUGCCACCGGAGCUUUCUUGCGGCAGCCAGCGGAUCCAAAUCUUCGUGCUUAGCUAAGACGCGGACGAACCCUCGUCCGACCCUCUUGGAUUCCCUCUGAUUCCACCAUCCUCACCGCAGAGCCUGCUGUCUGCGAUUCCAGCAAUCGAGUAUUUCCCACGCAUCUACCAUCCUGAGCAGACGCGCAGGAAUCAUCUUUCGCCUGUGAUCGUGAACUUAUAGGGUUGCGGACGCAGCCAGGGCGCCCCGGAUCAGCCGGACGAAACUUGCAGGACCACAGCACAGAACCCACCCACCAUCGAGAUGCCCAAGGAAGAGUCGCUGCCGACGCGGAAGAAGAUGCGGAAGGGCACGCACAGUUGCUUCGAAUGUCGCCGCCGCAAGAUCCGCUGCAUCUUCCAGUCCGACAAUCCCGAUGUGUGUUCCGAGUGCUUUGCUCGAGGCAGCAGGUGCGUCGACCAGGAGAAUGCCAAUCCAGAGGUCAUUGUCGACCACAGGAAGAACCUGCGUGAACGCGUGUCGCGUCUUGAAGCGCUAGUUGAUUCGCUGCUCGAGGACAAGACAGUCAAGUCCGAGAGCCCCAGCCAGAGCCAGGCGGAGACGACGUCGCCAAGGAAUGUAUACACCAAAGACCCCUUCCCGCCCACACCGCUGUCGUCGGAAGCCUCGUCGAAUAUCCUAAGGGAAAGCCAGCGAGUGCCGUCUGUCAGUGCACGCCACCACAUUCCCAUUCUGUCCGUCCUUGAGGAUGCACUCAACGACGCCGAGGAGAAGAUCAAGGCCCGCAUGGGCCCGCAGCACAAGAGGUUCCCGGCCUCAGAGAGCGGGACUGACGACCGGUACACGGUCGUCAACAAGCACCCCGACGACCUGACCAGCGCCGAGGUGCCCGCGCUGUCGGCGAAGCGGGAACGAGUCAAGCAGGGCCUCCUCGCCAUGCUGCCGUCGUAUGACCAGCUCACCAAGAUCCUAAACAGCAACAGCGAGUGGUGGCUGACGUGGAGGCGCAAGUGCAGCGGUACGUCUAGCCCGGAGCAGUCGCUUGCGCAGUUUGCCACGGAGGCCAUUACCUCCAGCAAUAUCGGCGCCAUCGGCACGGUGCUGCUUGCGGUUGGUAUUUGUUCGUCGGCUGAGGAUGACGACGUCGAGCGGUACAUCGAGGCCGUCGACAGAUGGGUGCUGUCAGACGAUGAGUUUGCUGCCACCCUCGAGGGUAUGGAGUGUCUGCUGUUGAAGUCGAAGUGGUUCGCCGACAUUGGCCAGCCACGUCGGGCUUGGAUAUGCCACCGCAAGGGGUUGAUGUAUGCCCAGCUCAUGGGUCUCCACCGCAAGCGUACUUCCUCAGUCGCUCACGAGAGUAUCUGGUGGGGCAUGUACCACGGCGACCGCUUUCUGUCGCUGCUCCUGGGCCUCCCCUACGGCAUCAGCGACCUGCACUGCGACCUGACCGUCCCGGACUUCGGCGGCGAAUAUAUGCACCCACUCGUCUUCGUAACCCACGUGUCCAAGCUCGCCGGCCGCGUCAUCGACCGCAACCAGGGCGUGGCCGAGCAGUCCUUCGCCUGGGCCCUGCAACUCGACCAGGAGCUCGAAGACCUGUGGAAGAAGCUCGACCCCACCUGGCUCGACUUCUCCGAGCUCCUCGCGUCGCCCGAGUCCAACGCCGCUGAGCUGCGCGAGCGCAUCAUGGCCCAGAUGAUGUACCACCAGAUCCGCGUCUACCUGCACCUCCCCUUCAUGCUCAAGUCCACCACCAACUCGCGCUUCACCUACUCCCGCACCGCCUGCCUCGCCGGCUCGCGCGAGGUCCUGCGCCUGUACCAGGCGCUGCGCACCGGCGCCGUGCAGCCGCUGUACGAAUGCAAAGCCGUGGACUUCAUCGGCUUCACCAGCGCGACGUUGAUCCAAAUCGGCCUCUUCAACUUCACGCCCGCGAGCGGCGCCUCCGCCGCCAAGCUGCAGGAAAUCGAAGCCGACGUAAGGUUAAUCGAGAUAAGCAUCGACAUCUUCCGCCGCGCGUCGAGCGAAAAAGGCGGCAAAGUAGCCCUCCAGUCCGCCCAGGUGCUCGAGAAAAUGCAGGCCAAGUUCCGCGCGGGCGCGCACGCACAGGCCGGACCCUGCUGCGACCCGGCCGCCGACGACGACAUGGUGAUCCCGUACUUCGGCACCAUCUCGAUCCGGCGCGGGGGCCAGGCGGUGUCGCCGCCCGCACCACCCGGGCGGUCGCCAGGCGCCCCCGGGUUCUCGCCGGGCCCGUCGGUCAGGAGCGCGAGUUCCGGGGCGGGCGUGCCGCUGUACACGCCGACGAGCGAGAAGAGCGGGUUCGCCGGGUCGGUGUUCUCGCACCCUGCUGCUCUCUCGCUGACGCCCAAGUCGAGUGUGAGUGCGGCCGGGAGCGGGUUCGCGCUCGACCCGAGUCCGUUUGUGGCGUACGACGGGUUCUACAACUUCUCGACGCUGGACGACGGGCAGACACCCUCUGGUAGCACCGCCGGAGGGAAUGUAGGCGGUCGUGUAGGUGCGGCCAACGCGCCCGGCAACGGCGGCGGCCUCGCGGUCAAAGACGACUCGAUGUCCGCCUUCCCGCUGCCCACCAACAACUUCUCCUGGCAGAACAUGCCCAUGGACAUCGACCAGGACUGGAGCUGGUUUCUGAACGACAGCCAGACGCAGGGCGUGGGUGUCGGUGUUGGCGCGGGUGCUGGGGGCGCGUUCCAGGGCGCGCAGUUGGAUGCGUUUGGGAACGGGUUUAGUGGGUUUGGGUAGGCUUUUGCAGUGAAGAAGAGAGCGGGGGUGGAAGGGGGGAUGGGGAGAUGGGUGUAUGAUAGGUAUGACAUGGGGGCGCGUGUUUCUGUUCGAUAUCCGGCGGUCACUCCACUUUCGCU